ACACACACAUUUUUGCGUCAUGCCGCAAUGCGUUGCGCUGGUGCUAUUGCCCCGACGGCGACUGCUGUCUGCUAUCGGCCGGCGUGUGAUCAUUGACAGAGCCAGCUCGCUCCCGUGUAUCUAACCUGCUCGAUGAUCGAUCUGCAUCCAAUGGCCUGUCUUUCCUUCCUCCCUUGCGUGUCUUGUCGACUGACUUGUUGUCUACCAUGCUGUACGGUGGCGCCCUUGGCUCUCCCGCUCGCUGGCUUCUCGUUUGCUCUCUGCUCAUCCGGCCUUCCCCCGACCCUCCUUCUGCUUGCUGCUUUGAAUCUGCCUCUGUUGGCGUGGUUGCUCUCGAUGCAUCUUGAUGGCUGGUGCUGUUGUUACUCGACUUGCACCUCCAGUUGAAAUGAAUGCUCGAUCAUGCGUGUCUCGGAUAUACGU